AUGAAGAGCAAGCUGCUGUUGAUCACGUCGACAAAGGAUCUCGCAAGCUACUCUUACCCAACAAUGACGAUAGUCGUCAUGAACAACAAGACGAAGAAGAAAAGAAGGAAGAGGAGCACCGUUUUUGCUCGUGAAAAGGACAGCGCUCCUGAAAAAGAUUGUGCUCCACCAGUUGCCACCAAGGACGCCAUUGCUGCUCCCAAGAAGGACGACGCUCCGUCCGUCGCCGCCAAGGGCCCUCCUACUGUCGAGGAACAUGUAGAAACUGGCAAUGCACCAAAAGGCUCUGUAUUGUUAGCCAAUCCAUCUCAGAACGAAGUUUGGGAGCGAAAUUAUCAGCAAUAUUACAAGUUUUAUCAGGUGCAUAAACACCUAACUCUCCCCAAGAGUCAUCCGAAUUAUGUUCGGCUUUCAAAGUGGUUGACAAACCAGCGUCACCAUCGAAAGGCAAUGAAACCGGAUCGAUUGCGGAAACUGCAAGAGAUAAACUAUGCUGCUACACCAAAGCCCCGGGAAGACCACGAACGCAAUUGGGAUUAA